GUCAAAUACGAAAAUUUAUGAAAAUUUUCUUUUUAAGAAUCUUUAAAGUUUUAUUAGAACAUAAAGAUAAAAAAAGGAAAAGAGAUUUUUCAUGCGCCAUAAGCAAUAUAGAUUUCCAAUUGGUCGUUGCGGUUCUCAUAAAAGAUCGAUGUUGUACGCACGGUCGAUAACGCACAGAAAUAUUGAUCAUAUUAUCGAUUUGAUUACAAUUGAUUUUUCAAGUCUCUAUAAUUGAAGAGACAUGAAUGCUAUUAAUAUGAACUGGUUAGCUUCAGCAGAAGGAGAAUCUUUGGUCCAUCAUUUCUAUGUAAAUUCUUCCAAGAAAAGACGAUUCUAUGGUAUUCUGGAGAGACCAUCAUUACCCAGUUCCAUCGAGGAAGUCACUUACAAAAUCUUUAUGAUAGGUAGAUCUGGUGUGGGAAAGACUUCAGUAGUGGGUAAACUUGCAGGCACUUUGGAAUCCAACAAUUAUACAGAAACCAAUGGUAUAAGGAAAACAAACGUUUUUUGGCCUGUAAAAAUCUGGGAUAAAAUUGUUUUAUUCAAGCUGCAAUUCUGGGACACAUCAGAAAGCAGUAUAAAAAAAUACAAUCAUAUUUUGCCAGCGUGCAAAGAUAAAGUUGAUGCAAUGUGCUCUGUGUUUUCUUUUGAUGAUGCAUCAAGUUUUAAUGAUGUUCCAUACUUGAUGAAUACCAUGACUGCGAUAAAAGAGAAACCGGCAAAUAUAGUGAUUGGCACAAAGUUCAAACCUUGGUCAAGUUGUGUGAUAGAUGAUACACAAAUAAAGGAAUUUGAAGACAAAUGGAAAGUCAAAGUCAUUAAGAUUGAUGCCAGUAAAGUGUCAGUAAAAUCUGAGAUGUUUGAUUGUUCUUAUCAACUGAAUGCUAUCUGCAACAUUUUAUGGAAUAGAGAUAAAGAGUUUAUAUCUAAACUAAUGGGACAAAGUUAAUAAUGCUAUCUGUAACAUUUUAAUAGAGAUAGAACUUAUAUCUAAACUAAUAGGAUAAACUUAAUAACUGCAAAUACAUAUUUUUCUAUGUUUUAUAUAAAAUAAAAAUACAAAAAUAGAUUAGUUAUACAAA